AAGAAAAAACAAUCAAAACAAACAAAAAAAAUACGAUUUAUUUGAUUUUAUUAAAACAAGCAGCAACACAGAGGCGUCGAAGCGUCCCCGUCGCGCCUGUUGUGACGUCACGCGGAACCCCUCCAUUGAUUCCCAUGGCAGCCCGUCCCGGCAAUCCGAUUCGCUGCGCCUCCGCAAGCGCCCGCCCUUGCUCGCGUGUGAUUGGUGCGCGGCUCCACUCCCCGCCCCGCCCCUCGGCGGCAGUCGCAGGCUGCUGGAAGAUGGCGUCGAUACGCAGUGUCAAGGGCAUGGUGGCGCUGGUGAGUGGGGGGGCCUCUGGUUUGGGCAGGGCCACAGUGGAGCGGCUCUUGGCUCAGGGGGCCAGUGCUGUGAUCCUGGACCUGCCCAGCUCGGAUGGGGCUGCCGUGGCACAGAGCCUGGGGGAGAGAUGCGCCUUCGCCCCUGCUGAUGUCACCUCGGAGGAGGAUGUGUCUGGCGCUCUGUCUCUGGCCCGGCAGCGUUUCGGUCGGCUGGAUCUGGCUGUGAGCUGCGCAGGCAUCGCGGUCGCGGUGAAGACCUUCAACCACAAGAAGGGACAACCGCACAGCCUGGAGGACUUCCAGAGAGUCAUCAACGUGAACAUCGCUGGCACCUUCAAUGUGAUCCGGCUGGCGGCCGGGGAGAUGGGCAGGAACGAACCGGACCACGAUGGGCACAGAGGGGUGGUGAUCAACACAGCCAGUGUAGCAGCCUUCGACGGGCAGGUUGGUCAGGCUGCCUACUCUGCUUCGAAGGGAGGCAUUGUGGGAAUGACCCUGCCCAUCGCCCGUGAUCUCGCGCCCAUGGGGAUCAGGGUCGUUACCAUAGCGCCAGGUCUGUUUGCCACCCCCCUGCUGGCCGGACUCCCUGAGAAGGUGCGCACGUUCCUGGCUAGGCAGGUCCCGUUUCCGAGCAGGCUGGGGGACCCCUCCGAGUACGCACACCUGGUCCAGAGCAUCGCGGAGAACCCCAUGAUCAACGGGGAGGUCAUUCGACUGGACGGAGCCAUCCGCAUGCAGCCCUGACACACCAGCAACACGCACAGGGGGAGGGGGAGCCCCAGAGCAUUCAGCUGAGCAAAGGGGGAGGGGCCACUUAUAGUUUAGCAUUACAGGAUUGUUUGGUUGAAAUUCCAGUUAUAAUUACAAUACAAUUACAUAUAUAUACACUGUGUUGAACUGCAAUUGGUCUACAGCAGUUCUGAUUAUAAUUCAAAUUUCAGACCACUUUCAACUUCAGCUAAUGGGAGAAGGAGUAG